UCACUGGUCUAUGCUGGAAGGGAUGUUGAUAUAGGAUCGUCACACAGGAUACAAGCGAUGGACCAGCCCUGCUUUCUGGGAUUCCUCUUGGGUUUCUGCUUUGCUACACUUCCAGGUAGCAGAGCCUGUCCCAAGCUCUGUGCCUGUUAUGUGCCUACUGAAGUGCACUGCACAUUCCGCUAUCUCUCUACCAUUCCACAGCACAUUUCCCAAGAUGUGGAACGCAUCAAUUUAGGCUACAACAGUUUGGUUAAACUGACUGAGGUGGAUUUUUCUGGCCUGGAGAAGCUGGAGUUGUUGAUGUUGCACAGUAAUCAGAUACACACAGUCCACGACAGGACAUUCUCCGAUUUAAGUUCAUUACAGAUCUUAAAAAUGAGCUAUAACAAAGUCAAAGUUAUUCAAGCAGAUACUUUUCAUGGCCUCACAAGUUUGGUACGUUUACAUAUGGAUCAUAACCAAAUCGAAUUUGUAAGCCCAAAAGCUUUCUAUGGUCUUACAUCACUGAGGCUGGUCCACUUGGAAGGAAAUGUGCUUAAACAACUUCACCCAGACACUUUUGUCACUUUACGCUACAUCCGAAUAUUCAAAACAUCCUCCGUAAAGCAUGUCUACUUGUCUGACAACUUCCUUACUUCACUGCCACAAGAUAUUUUCUCUUACAUGUCUGAGCUAGAGAGCCUCUAUCUUCAUGGAAACCCCUGGACUUGUGACUGUGCAUUGAAGUGGUUUGCUGAGUGGGCAGAACGUUAUCCAGAUGUGAUAAAGUGCAAAAAAGACAGAGGCCCUUCUGGUGUUCUACAGUGUCCAUUGUGCUCCAAUCCCAGGAACUCCAAAGGCAAACAGUUAAUGGAAUUGCAAUCUUCAGAUUUUAAUUGUGUUAAGCCAACCAUUGACCCAGUCUUAAAAUUCAAGAACAUCACUGUGCCAGAGGAUGGUGACUUCACCCUAGUCUCCUCUAAGGAUUUUAUUGCUCCCAUAGGAUCUAUCGCUUUAAACAUGACAGAUCAAGCAGGGAACCAAGCAAAUGUGGUUUGCAGCGUGCAAAAGCCUACAAAGAUGCCUCCUGUCCAGCUUGAAAAAAAUGACACAGUAAUACUUAAAGCAUCCCUAUCAACAUUUCUUGUGUGCAGCAUUGACUACGAGCAUAUAAAGCAACUGUGGAGUAUACUUGCCCUGUACAGUGAUUCUCCCUUGAAACUAAAAAGGGAUCUCUUACUGACAAAAGUGCCUUAUAUCAGUUAUAGGUAUAAACAGACUAACUCUGAAAAUGAAGACAUUUUCACAAAUAUAGAAGCUGAAAUGAGAGCUGAGCCAUCUUGGCUGAUGCAAGGUCAUGUGUCAUUGCGAUUAGACAGGACGGCAACCACACUCAACACUUUGCACGUUCAGUAUUCAGUGGAUGCUGAAAUCUCUCUUCCAGAUAUUGCACCCCAAAAAGAAAUACAAAACUGGGCUAUGAUGUUACGAGUCAACAGUACGAGGACCGAACACACUGUUUUGGCAGGCAGGUCUGUGGAACUGGACUGUCAGGCACUCGGUGACCCUCCUCCUAUCAUUGAGUGGGUAUUACCUGAUGGCAGCAAAGUUAGAGCCCCAUAUGUUAGUGAAGAUGGGAGAAUUGUGAUAGCAAAAACGGGCAAAUUUACCUUACACACAGCUGAUAAUUUUGACACUGGAGUUUAUCACUGCAUAGGAACCAAUUAUGAUGAUGCAGAUGUCCUAUCUUUUAGGAUUACUGUGAUUGACCCUUAUAUGGAACACAACUAUUUAAACGGAUGUCAGCUCUCAGCAUUUUUAGGCGAAACAUUAUUCCUUCCCUGCCAGUAUGCCAGUGUCCCAGAUGCCUCUGUUCAUUGGGUCUCACCUGAGCAUGUGGUUCUUGAUCAUUCUUCAAAGAACAAGAUACUUUUAAACAAUGGUACACUGAAAAUACAACUAACAUCAGACCGGGAUGGUGGCUACUACAAGUGCAUAGUAGCUAAUCAGUAUGGUGUUGAUUUUUUGGUUCAUCAGGUAGUAGUAAAAAAAGAUCCAAACAGGUCACAAAAGGGAGAUAAUCAUGAAGAUGCUGCUGAAGGUUCAGGCAAUGGAGAACUUGAUGUUCUUGCCAAAACACAAAGCACUCCUUGUACAGCGCAGACCCAAGCAACCAGCCAGGCAACUAUUGAAGUUUUGUUUACAAACCGUCCCAUGCUAAGGAGAACUAAUAAUAACUACAGAGAGGUUUACAAGCACAACAGGGACAAGAUGACUAGACGGCUUCGAGGACACAGAAGACAAUUCAGUCCUUCCUCUAGAAGAAUUGAUCCAUCACGUUGGGCAGCAUUUUUAGAAAAAACAAAUAUCACACUGCCAAGAAAACAAGAACAUACUACAAUGAAACCAACAGUAAAAGUCCUUCUGCCCCAAGAGAUUUCGGCAAAUGAAAGGGAGAUGUCUGGAGAUAUUCCUCCAGAGGAGGAAUUUCUGCUACUAGUGACUAAAAGACCUGCAUUGUACACAUUGGGAGAGGCAUCAGGAAAUGUAGUAACAGCAGAAUUUGGAAGCAUACAGAGUAAUUUUCACUCUACUGUAGGAUAUGGCACUGCCACAGAAGCUGUAACUCCAUUAAGCAGCCCAAUAGUUACACAUUCUGAGGUGUCAAAGAACCAGGAGUCAUAUACAGAACAUAAGUCUGAAAUUAACAGAGGAACUCUGGAAGCAUUCCAACCAUCACCUACUAGUAUGGAGUCACUGAGGCCAUCAUUGUACUUGCCCAGUAGUACAACAGACCCAUUGAAUGCUUUCUCUCCUGGGAAAAAUGAUUUGCAUUUAAAAAUUAAACCAACAAUAGCACCAGCUGUGCAGGUUACUAAGACUGCCAGCCCUGUGAUUUCUCAUGGAGUUACUAAAAAACCUAAUUUAUUUGUAGAAGCUACUGAUAAAACAUCAAGCAAAUCAAACCAUCAGCUAUCUGUAGUGGCAGUGAGUGCACCAGAUGAUGUAUUUGGGCAUAUUUAUGUUUACAGUACACAAAAAAUAACAACACCUCAGCUGCCUGCAGGUUCAACCAUUAUUACUCAUCAGCAGAUUAAGAUAGUCAGGGAUACUACACCUCGUGUUCCACUCUCUAGGCGAUAUGGCAGACGGAAGAAAAUCUCUGCUAGGAGACGGAUCGUUAGACCUGAUCGUAUUCCUAACAACGCAGGGCGUAGAUUUGUUUUUGUUAGACCUAGAAUUGCUAAAGGAAGUACAACACUGCCUCCUCCUAUAGAAAUAAAUGCUCCUACCUUGACACCGCCAAAGAAAUCUCUUGCACAUGUUACUUUCCAACCACCUAUUCCCACUUCGUUCACUGUACAUCAUCCUGAAACAACAACUGUAAAUCCGAUCUUGACACUCUCUUUCAAUGCAAGAAACAAACUGGUCACAGCUGAAGAGCAUACAGCUUCCACAGUAGUUCCCUUAUAUCUGGAAAGCUUCCAAAUUGUGCCACAAAGACAAGAAACUACUUCUAUUCCAUUACAGACAGUUACUGAUACAUCAUUUAGCAGUAACCUGCUGGCAGAGACAAUCCAUACACCUAGCGUUGCAGUGGAAAACAUAUUUACCACAAGCAGUGCUUCCCUUUCAGAUUUUAAAUCAGUUCAUUCCACUCUUAGAACAGACUUGUCUUCCAGUGUUUCAAUAGGAAAAAAUUCUUUGAAUGUUGGGAAUUCUCUUGGAAGCAACCAUUUUCAAAAAGAACUACUAGAAAAGCAACUUAGACAGAAGACAAGUGAAGACCCCUUGCCCGAACACCAUGACACGUAUUUCCAAACUACAAGGCCCAUACCAGCAUUAACAGUUUUACCCAUACGUAAAAAACAAACAGAUGGUCUCAGAAACUUAAUUGAUCCCAAAAGUGACAGCACAAUGCUUGAAGAACAUGCUCCUACUCGACCACUCAGCAUUACAGAACCAUCGUCAGCCUCUGUCUCCAGUCUUGCAACUCAUCUAAGCAAAAGCUUUCAUGGCCCAAGCAUCAAGCCAGUUCUGACUCUACCUAAUUCUGUUCAUGCUAACACAAAAGUCUCCAGAAUCAAGGUGUUAAGACCAGGAAGGAGAAGAACUCAAAGGAGGAAGAGGCCUCUAAGAAGGUUUAUGCAUUCACAGAAAAACAUUACUGUCAGUGUUGGAGUUGCUGCUGCUCCGUCCAAAGGAACUGUAGCUUCACUUAGUUUAGCAGCAGAUAAAAAGGUAACAGAGCCCACUCCUCCUAUAUCCACUGAACUGCUUACUGGACACACUGGUACAGAUGUAAUGGCAACUACGCUACAACCACCGAUUCUUCACACAACCAGUAUAAUCAGAGAUACCCCCACAGUCACCCCUCAGCUACUAACAAAGAAGAACACUGCUGAAAAUACUCUUUCUACUAAACUGCCAGUGUAUAGUGGGCCUUCUCAAAAACCAACCACUGCAAUCCCACUCACAGUAUCAUCCUUAAAUAUUUCAGGUGUGACCACAGCACUACCAGACACAUCCUUGUUAACACCAGCAUCAGUGUCUACCAAAGUAAUGCAGGCUCCGUCAGUAACAUAUAAGGGAUCAUACCAGAAUGUGGGAAGAAAAUCUGCUAACAAAAAGCCCACAACAGAAGCAUCUCUUCCUGCUGAAGCUGAACGAAGCAUCAAAACUCCAACAGAUGCAGGAUAUCCCACUACCACACAGCAUCCAAGUCAGCUGAGACCCCGAACAGUAGUCAUGCCUGUCUUGCAAACUACUGUAUCUCCCAGGUGGCAGGAAAAGUUCUGGCAGGCACCAUCUCCUAAAAUUGCAGAAAGUAGCAAAACUUUCCUUGUCAGCACAUUGACCAUAUUGAACUCUCCUCAGAGCUUCACUCAACAUACUCCUGCGUGGGAGAAAAAGAAAAAGAGUUACCAUAAAAGUUGGUCUGAAAAGACAGCAGCCCAGGAAACCACAACCACCAAUCUGGUUGCCUUAGAAUCUUUUCAUCUUGCCAGGCUAGCCAAACCCAGGAUAACUGGGGGGAAACUUGCAGCAUUUACUGUACUGGCUAAUUCUGAUGCCUUCAUCCCUUGUGAAGCCACUGGUAAUCCUCGGCCAACGAUACACUGGACCAAAAUAUCAUCAGGGGAUGAAGCCUUGAAACAAAAAGAUGACAACAGAUUUGAAGUUCUUCCCAAUGGCACUCUCUCCAUUGAGAAUGUGAACAUCCAGGACCGUGGACAGUAUCUAUGUGUGGCUGCCAACCAGCAUGGCUCCAGCAAGCUUCUUGUCACGUUGUCUGUGGUGGCCUACCCACCUAGAAUCCUGGGAGGGAGGUCGAGGAUUAUUACUGUCCACUCUAGCAAGCCUGUGUCCAUGAAGUGUGCAGCUGAAGGCCGUCCAACCCCUACCAUUUCCUGGAUCCUUGCAAAUAAAACAUACAUUUCACAAUCAUCUUUGGGAAAUGAGGUGGCUUUUGUGCAAGCAGAUGGGACACUGAUGAUAAAGAAAGUCAGCAUGUAUGACAGAGGAGUUUACACCUGCACAGCAAGCAAUCCAGCAGGUUCUGAUUCAAUGGUAGUAAGACUGCAAGUAAUUGCUGCCCCACCCAUUAUACUGGAAGAAAAGAGGCAGCAUGUACUAGGGAGUGUGGGGGAAAGUUUGAAACUUCCUUGCACUGCCAAAGGAAACCCUCAUCCAAAUGUUCACUGGGUCCUCCUUGAUGGAACUACGGUGAAACCUUUGCAGUAUAUAAAUGGCAAGCUUUUCCUGUUCCCUAAUGGAACCCUUUACCUCAAGAAUAUAGCUACAUCUGACAGAGGAAAGUAUGAAUGCAUAGCUACCAGCUCUACUGGUUCUGAGAGGAGAGUGGUAAUACUUCGGGUAGAACAUAGUGAUACAAUCCCUAGAAUUGCAGAUGCAUCGCAAAGAUUGACUCAACUGAAUUUUGGGGACAGGUUGCUUCUGAAUUGCUCAGCUAUGGGUGAGCCAAAGCCCAGAAUAAUUUGGAGAUUGCCUUCCAAAGCUGUGGUUGACCAGUGGCACAGAAUGGGAAGCCGAAUCCAUGUACAUCCCAAUGGAUCCCUAGUUAUUGAGGCAGUCACAGGAAAAGAUGCAGGUGACUAUUUAUGUGUGGCAAGAAACAAAAUGGGAGAUGACCUGAUCCUUAUGAAAGUUAGUGUGACAAUGAAGCCUGCAAAAAUCGAUCAAAAGCAGUAUUUUAAGAAACUGGUGCCUUAUGGAAAAGACUUCAAAGUAGACUGUAAAGCUUCCGGAUCACCUGAACCAGAAAUAUCUUGGAGUCUGCCAGAUGGCACAGUGAUUAAUAAUGUGAUGCAAGCAGAUGACAGUAGACGCAGGUCUCGGAGGUACAUUCUGUUCGACAAUGGAACUCUGUACUUCAACAAAGUUGGAAUAGCUGAAGAAGGGGACUACACAUGCUAUGCUCAAAACACACUUGGAAAAGAUGAGAUGAAGGUUCACAUAACCAUAGUAGCAGCUGCACCUCGUAUCAAGCAGAACUCUAAGACCUAUGCAAAAGUGAAAGCAGGAGAUACCACAAUGUUUGACUGCGAAGCCAUUGGAGAGCCUCAGCCAAAAGUGUUUUGGCUGAUCCCUUCUAGUGACAUGAUUUCCGCUUCCAGCGAUAGAUAUUUUCUACAUGUUAAUGGAUCAUUGUCUGUCACUAAGGUGAGGUUGUUAGAUGCUGGAGAAUACAUAUGUGUUGCACGCAACUCUGGGGGAGAUGACACAAAGCUGUAUAAACUAGAUGUGGUCUCUAAACCACCUCUUAUCAAUGGCCUGUAUACUAACAAGACUAUCAUUAAAACAACAGCCAUAAAGCAUUCAAAGAAGCAAAUACACUGUAGCGCUGAAGGAACACCCCGUCCCCAAGUCAUGUGGAUCAUGCCCGACAAUAUUUUCCUGACAGCCCCAUACUAUGGGAGCAGAAUAACAGUACACAAUAAUGGAACUCUUGAAAUUCGUAAUGUAAGAUCUUCAGACACAGCAGAGUUCAUCUGUGUGGCCCGUAAUGAUGGGGGAGAAAGCAUAUUGGUGGUCCAGCUGGAGGUGUUAGAGAUGCUAAGACGUCCAAUGUUUAGAAAUCCUUUUAAUGAGAAAGUAAUAGCAAAGCCUGGGAAAACAACCUUAUUGAAUUGUUCUGUAGAUGGCAAUCCUCCUCCUGAAGUAAUCUGGAUGUUACCAAAUGGUACAAGGCUCUUCAGUGGUGUCAGAACGCCCCAAUACUACUUGGGAAGCAAUGGUACCCUCAUUGUCUAUAGCCCUUCUAAAGCUGAUGCUGGCAAAUAUCGGUGUGCAGCUAAAAACAAGGUUGGCUACAUUGAAAAACUGAUUGUGCUCGAAGUUGGCCAGAAACCGACCAUUUUGACCCCCUCAGGAGGAGCAAUAAAGAGUAUUAGUGGGGAGUCAGUAUCCCUUCACUGUCUUGCAGCUGGGAGCCCCAAACCGAAUAUUGUAUGGACAGUACCUAAUGGCUAUGUCCUAGACCGGCCUCAAAUUAAUGGAAGAUACACAUUAAUGGAAAAUGGUACUUUAGUUAUCAGAGAAACAAGCAUUCAGGACAGAGGAAGUUAUGUCUGCAAAGCUCAGAACUAUGCUGGCGAUUCAACAAUAGUAGCUUUUGUAAUGGUUAUAGCACAUCCGCCACGGAUUACAAACAGACCACCAAGGAAUAUACGCACUGUGGCUGGAGCAUCAAUUCAGCUUAUUUGCAUGGCAUUGGGAAUACCAAAUCCAGAAAUUACAUGGGAGCUGCCUGACCACUCACUACUUUCCACAGGCAGCAAAGGCAGACCAUAUGGAAGUGAACUUCUUCACCCACAAGGAACGUUAGUCAUUCAAAAUCCCAAAUCUUCAGAUUCUGGCACAUAUAAAUGUUUGGCUAAGAACCAACUUGGCAGCGAUUCCACAGUAACAUACGUUCAAGUCAUCUGAAAUGAGAAGAAUGCUCUGAACAAGUGAUAACAAAGCCUAAUCAGGACAACAUUUGAUUUUUAAAACUAAUCAAAACCAGAAGCCGGCUGGUCUUAAUAGCAGUUUUAAUGUUCCAUUGACAAGAGAUGUGCUAAGGCACAGGUAUAUUUGGGGGUGAGUGGGAAAUCUGCAUUUUGAAUGGUUUUCAAGAAUCCUUGGCACUUAAUUUUGCCAUCACAGCAGCAGUGCAUAUCAACAUGGAACUACUUUACUUAAAAAUAUUUGUAGUAUAAAGGCAGACUUUUAAGAAAUGCUUAUUUCCUAUCUGAUAGCAGUUUAAGCAUGGCGGACAUUGUAAACAUAUGUAGAAGUAUGUAAAAAGAACAAAUAUGUUUGCUAGCUGUUCCCCUAUGGACAUGUAUGAAUAUUUUGUAGUACUUUUACAAACAUUUUAAAACAGCAAAAUGUGCUGCUGUCCUAUUUGUAUACUAACAAUUUGUUCUUUCCCACAGCAGUCCUUUUUUGUGGGACAGUGGAAGAACCAAUGGAAAAUAGUUUAAUGAUAGGGUUGUCGUUGGGUUUUUCGGGGGGGGGGGGGAAGACACAAUAUGGAUUAUUUUUUUAAAAUAAAGAACCAACAAAUAUGCUUA